UCGCUGCGCCCAUAGGACCUUUGCUUAAGCAGUGAAGAAAGAAAAAGAUGGCAAGAUCGCCCGAUAGACACAGACACCGUAGCAGGAGUCGAAGUGAAGAAUAUAGAUCAAAGAAGAAGAGCCAUCAUAAACGCAGUCGAUCCCCUUCCGAAGACACCCAUCGGUCACGAAAGAAGGAAAAAAAGAGCAAGAAGCAUAAAAAGCACCGACAUUACAGCGAUGAGGAAGACGAUGCGGAAAAGAGCUCUUUACGACCGUCGCUUGAAACUUUAGGUUAUUCAAACGUGAAUAAUCCAUUCAACGAUGUCAAUCUGGAAUCCAAGUUUGUGUGGACCAAGAAAAAACAAAAUGAUCGCAAAAAGGGACUGGAUCCUGACGAAAUCCGACGACGUGAGCGUGAACGACAACGAGAAGCAGACGAAGAACUAGCCAAACUGAAUAAACGACGAGCAGAACGUGAAGAGGAAAUGCGACUCAGAGAAGAAGAAAUGGCUCGUUUACAACGGGAUGCCGAAUUGGCACAAAUGGGUGAUUGGCAAGCAAAGGAAGAAGAGUUUCACUUGGAACAAGCCAAGAAACGAGCCGAGAUUCGUAUUAAAUCAGGUCGCGCCAAACCAAUCGAUAUAUUGGCCAUGAACUUGCGAUUGGCCAACGAACCUGACAAAGUGGAAGAAGAUGUUGAACUGGAAAUCGAUCUGGAGGAACCUUAUACUAUUUUUGAUAAUCUUACUCUGGAGGAAACCAAAGAGCUCCAUGAAGAUAUUCAGCUGCACAUUAGCCUGGAAAAGAAUGAAAAGACCUUGGAGUUUUGGCGUGCCAUGAUUGUCGUCGCUGAUGAUCGACUCGCGAAACUGCGUGAGGAUGAAAAACGAGGAUUAGCUGGUGGCGUGGAUGUGGCCGUCAAUGAAGAUAUUCACCGCGUAUUGGCCGGAAAGACGCAUUUCCAGCUUUCUGUCCUGCAAGCACAAAUUAUGAAGAAACUGAGCUCCAACGAGCCGGUGGAUGUGGAGUACUGGGAAACCCUGUUACGCGAGCUCGUGGUAUUCAAGGCCAAGGCGAAACUCACAGAUAUGCAUCAAGAGUUGUUAGCGAGCCGAUUAGAUCAACUAAGAACACGACAAAGAGAGGAGGCUUUGAAGGUGCAGGAAGAAUUGGAACGUAUUUUAUCCAUGCAGGAAGAAGCGGUCGAAGGCCGUGGCGUGCUGCCUGGAGAAGGUAUUCCCGUGGAACCGGUUGAUCAGGAGCUGACGGAGAAACAAGAUGAAGCCUUCAAUGUGCCAGAGAAGGAAGAGAUUACGACGGAACAGUAUGAUCGAUCCAUGAGCCCUGAACCUAUGCCUCGACUGGAUGCUGUAUCACGAGAUCUUCCGUUGCUGGAUCCUUAUGAAGACUUGAAACAGUUGAUGGAGCAACGACGCAAGGUACUGUCAAGCAAGAUUAUUCCCAUGAAAAGCAAAUCUCGACCUGAACCCGAAGCGGCCGAGGAGCAAAUGGAGCAGCAGGAUGCCUCGAUUGCAUCGGCUGCUCUCUUUGAACAAGAAGCUGCGCGUGGUGUGGAUGAAGACGAAGCUAUAUUUAACAUAGAAGCCGAACUUGCCAAACAGUCGUACAUGUGGCAAGACAAAUAUCGUCCACGCAAACCUAGAUACUUUAAUCGAGUUCACACCGGGUACGAAUGGAACAAGUACAACCAGACGCAUUACGAUGAAGAUAAUCCGCCACCCAAAGUUGUGCAAGGUUACAAGUUCAAUAUCUUUUAUCCUGAUCUUAUUGACAAAUCCGUUGCGCCUACUUACUAUAUCGAGAAGGAUCCGGAAUCACCGGAAACGGUACUCAUUCGAUUCCAUGCAGGUCCGCCCUAUGAAGAUAUCGCUUUCCGAAUUGUAAAUCGUGAAUGGGAAUAUUCCCACAAGAACGGGUUCAAGUGCAGCUUUGACCGAGGCGUUCUCAGUCUGUGGUUCCACUUUAAACGACAAUUCUACCGCAAAUAAAAUAGCAUUCCAGCACACCCUAUUCCUUUUUUUCUUCUCUCCGCCAACGUUUUGCAAUACUUCUGGAUGAUGUUAUUUAUUUAUUGUUUCUUUACAUACUUUUUAUUUGCAAUUCAGAGCAAGAACAGACAUGUUAAAGAUAUCAAAUAUAGAAACAGGUGAAUGGUCAUACAUUU